AAUAGUCCUAUAAAUGCAUGCAGUCUAUAUAGUUAAUAUGAGCGGGACAACUUCUUCACUUUGCUUGUAUGCCACUUCAUAUUCAGAGGGCUCUGUUUUUACAGGAGUUGCUGACAUUGGAGGAUGUAUCUGUGGAAUUCACUUCGGCAGAGUGGCAGCUUUUGGACCCUGCUCAGAAGGACCUUUACCGAGAUGUGAUGUUGGAGAACUACAGCAACCUGGUGUCAGUGGGUUAUCAAGCCAGCAAAACGGAUGCACUUUCCAAGUUGGAACGAGGAGAGGAACCAUGGACAGUAGAAAAUGAAAUGCACGGUCAGAUUUGUCCAGAAAAUGACAAAGUUGAUGAUCAUCUUCAGGGUUCCUUGGAAAAGCAAAGAAUACGGGAAAGUAUGGAACAAUACCAUGCGUAUAAUGCAUUUGGAAAUAUUGUCCCUCAAACCAAAAGUCAUCCUUUCAGGGAAAAUCAUGCUAUGUUUCAGUUAUACAUAAAAACUUUGAAAUCAAAUUUAAGUUUAGUCAACCAGAACAAAAGUUAUAAAAUUAAGAACUCCACCAAAUGUAAUGGAGAUGUGAAAUCAUUUUGUCAUGGGAAGUGUGAAAAAUUGCAUGCCACAGUUAAACCCUCUGUAAAUACAGAACCCAUUAGCAUUAAAUCCCAAGUCAUUAAGCAUCAGAUAACUCAUAAAACAGAGAAAACCCACAUAUGCAGUGAAUGUGGAAAGGCAUUUGCCAAGAAGUCUCAGCUCACUGAUCAUGAGAGAGUUCAUACAGGUGAAAAACCUUAUGGAUGCAGUUUUUGUGCUAAAGUAUUCUCCAGAAAGUCCAAGCUCAAUGAGCAUGAGAGAAUUCAUAAAAGAGAGAAAUCGUUUAUAUGCAGUGAAUGUGGAAAGAUCUUCACUGUGAAGAACCGUCUUAUUGAACAUCAGCGAACCCAUACAGGAGAGAAACCCUAUGUAUGCAAUGAAUGUGGAAAAGGCUUCACUGGCAAGCGUAAUCUCAUUGUACAUCAGCGGAAUCAUACUGGAGAGAAAUUAUAUGUAUGUAGUGAAUGUGGAAAAGGCUUCACUGGAAAGAGCCUGCUUAUCAUACAUGAGCGAACUCAUACGGGGGAGAAACCCUAUAUCUGUAGUGAAUGUGGGAAGGGUUUCACCACGAAGCACUAUGCCACCAUACAUCAACGAAAUCAUACAGGAGAGAAACCAUAUAUAUGCAAUGAAUGUGGGAAAGGCUUUACCACGAAAAGCCGAAUAAUUGAACAUAAGCGAACUCACACGGGAGAGAAACCCUAUGUCUGCAGUGAAUGUGGAAAAGGCUUUCCUAGGAAGAGUCAUCUCGUUGUACAUCAGAGAAAUCAUACAGUAGACAAGUCAUAUCUAUGUAGUGAAUGUGGAAAAGGCUUUGCCAUUAAGAGCAUGCUCAUCAUACAUCAGCGAACUCACACUGGAGAGAAACCUUACAUAUGCAAUGAAUGUGGGAAAGGCUUCCCCUUGAAGAAUACACUGGUUGUACAUCAGCGAACUCAUACUGGAGAGAAACCAUAUAGAUGCAAUGAAUGUGGGAAAGGUUUCAUCGUGAGUAGUGGAUUGAUGUUACAUCAGCGAACUCACACUGGAGAGAAACCCUAUAGAUGCAAUGAAUGUGGAAAAGAUUUUGCCUAUAAGAGUGCUCUUGUUGCACACCAGCGAACUCAUACUGGAGAGAAACCCUUCAAGUGCAGUGAAUGUGGAAAAGGCUUUACCCUGAAACGCUAUCUAAUUAGACAUCAGCAAAUUCAUACAGAAGAGAAAUCUUAUAUAUGUAGUAAAUGUGAAAAAGCCUUUGCCAAGGAAACUGAACUCAUUUUACAUAAUCAAAUUCAUACUGGAGAAAAACCCUAUGCAUGCAAUGAAUGUGGUAAAGGCUUCAGUGUGAAAAGCUAUCUAGUUGUUCAUCAGCGAACUCAUACAGGAGAGAAACCCUUCAUAUGCGGUGAAUGUGGAAAACGCUUCUCCUCAAAGAGAAAUCUUACUGUACAUCAGCGAACUUAUAAGGGACACAAACCCUGACUGCAAUAAACAUGGUUAUGCCUUCAGGAAAAAAGUAUGUCUUGUACAACAUCAGAGAUUUCACAGAGGGUGGACUUUAGAUGUACUGAGUGUGGAAAAUUCUUUUCCAACAUUGUCUCAUCUCACUGCAUUACUGUAUGCAUUCAAUAACAUGAAUUCAGGCAGUGAAUUAUUUGAUGCACCCAAUGUAUAUCAAAUAACUCAUAUGAGAGAGCUGUAUGGGUUCAGUGAUUGGAGGUCAUCUUUCAUGUGUUAACCUUCUUAAAACUAUGACAUUGUACACAAGAGAAAUGUAUUAAGGUACAUAAUCCUUUGCAGAGAAUCUGAACGGAUCACACACAGGUGAAUUCGGACCAAACCAGUGAGUAUUGUGAAUCCCAGGGUGCUCCUAUAAUAUGUGGAUAUAGUCAGCGUAGAGCAGACUGCUGCUAGAUUUUCACUGUUGGGAGAUUAUGCAGUUUGCACAAGAGUUAAUUUAAUGCAUUCAGAAAAUGUGUUAGUGCCUUCAGUGAUCAGUUACCUCAAAUUGUAUGUCAACAUAAACGUGUAGGAAAAAAGCAUGAUACAGCCAAUGCAGCAAAGUCUUGAAAAAUUUCUAAGCAAUUGUACAUAUUGAAAAGCGUAUACUGAGAUAAAUCUUAUACAUGGGCAGACUAGAAAAGCCUGCUGUGAAAAGAAAAACCCUAUCCCAUCAAUGAUCAUGAUAGAUCAUCAGUGAGCUCACACAUAUUAGCAGCAUAAUGAUCAUGGGAUAGCCUUUGCCCAGUAAUAAAACCUUAAUAGUUGAUGCAUAUUUCAUGUUGGAGAAAAAAUUUCAGAUUGCAAUAAAUAUGGUAGGAUUUUAGUGAUAUAUUUU